CUCAUCUUCCUCCCCCUGUGAUUGUGGGUGUGAAACCGGGAAAAGGCGAAAUCUCCCUUCUUCCUUUCGGACAAAAUGAAUAGUUCAUCGGCGGCUAAUUCGUCGAUAUCAACCACGGCAAUCGCAGGAGGAGGAAGCAGUAGCAGCAGUGUAGUUCUAGACGAUUUGAACCCCCACUCCGAUCUCAUCUCCAUCCAAGACGGAAAGGAAGAGGCCAUGCGUGUUCUAAAAUCUGAUCUGAUGGCGGCACUUAACAAGGAGGUUAAGUCAUUGGAUGAAGAUAACUGGAUGUUUGAAGGACCUCGUUCCCGCAUCCACCUGGUUUCUAGAACAGGUGGACUUCACCACAAGCAGUUGGAUAUCACAAAGAAUUGGAGCAUGGCCCCUAGAAAAUGAUUUUCCAUGGACUGGAGCCCAGACAAGAAAAUAGACAGAUUCUUCGCCAACAACAAAUCCAUCAUAUCUCUGGAUUGCUUAACAUCAUUGUUUGUAGACCAUUGUAUUGUAUGUCUGUAAGUGUGAGUUCAGAAAGGCACCAGAAUAUUAUGCUUGCUUUUUUCACCCAAUGAAUAGGUAUGCAUCCAAUAUCUUGAUGCUGCAUGGCAUUUAGCAGUUCCUUCCGUUCUUUUUAUUCUUUUUACCUCCGUCUAAAAAGCAUUACUUCUGUAAAAUAGCAUGCAUUGCAUCAAGCCCGUGGCCCUGUGCUAUACAAAGUGAGUGAAAUUGUAUUGACGAUUUACGCUUCUAUCAUUGUUUUUGAACAAAAGCAUUUACACAGG